CAAAACUACCAACACAGAGAUCAGUAAUGGCGAUUCUUCCGGGAAUCCCAGGUCCAAACCUCUUUUCAUCUCUGCCCUCUACACCCCCUCCUUCCAACAACCCCGAUUCCUCUCCUCCUCCUAAACCCCCAAUACCCAUUCCCCGAUACCCACCCCCUGUGAAAACCAGACAGCAUCCUUAUCCUCAACAAUCACCCCCCAACCGGGCAUUCAAAACCCAUCACCGUAAUUCCAAGUUCUUCAAGCCCGUCAAGCCAGGCCAGAAAAUCCCCGCACCCGAUGGAGAAAACCGGGCCGUUGUUAUCGGGAAUUCCGGCAUUUCGUAUCAAUUACCGGGAGCCCCAUUUGAGUUCAUGUACAGUUACUCCGAGACGCCGAAGGCUGAGCCGAUAGCGAUGCGGGAGCCCGCAUUCUUGCCUUUCGCCCCGCCGUCUAUGCCGCGGCCAUGGACGGGAAAAGCCCCAAUGAAGAAGAGUAAAAGGAAAAUUAAGCUAUUUGAACCGUUGGGGAAUGGCGAUGACGAGAACGAGAGUAUGGCCGGAAGGAGGUUAGAAAUGUUGAGGGGUUAUGAGUUGGGAAAGUUCAAUGUAAGACCCCGGGAGGAAGUAUUAGGCGAGCCUUUAACCAAAUGGGAGAUUAAGGAUAUGUUGAAGCCAUAUUUGUCCAGCAACAGACAGGUGAAUUUAGGUAGAGAUGGAUUGACUCAUAAUAUGUUGGAGUUGAUGCAUACGCAUUGGAGGAGACAACCAGUUUGUAAGGUUCGUUGUUUGGGCGUUCCAACUGUUGAUAUGGCCAACGUAUGCCGGUGCCUUGAGGAAAAAUCGGGUGGAAAGAUUAUACAUAGGGUAGGUGGAGUGGUGUAUCUGUUCCGCGGUAGAAACUAUGAUCAUCGCAGACGGCCUCAAUUACCUGUGAUGCUGUGGAAGCCAGCUGCGCCCGUGUAUCCGAAGCUGAUACAAGACGCCCCUGAAGGAUUGACGAAAGAAGAAGCUGAUGAGUUGCGAAUCAAAGGAAAAACCCUGCUGCCGAUAUGUAAAUUAGCGAAAAAUGGGGUGUAUAUUACCCUUGUGAGGGAUGUCCGAAGUGCGUUUGAAGGAUCUAUUCUGGUGAAGAUUGACUGCCGGGGAUUGCAUCCCAGUGAUUACAAGAAGAUAGGAGCUAAGCUCAAGGAAUUGGUGCCGUGUGUGUUGUUAUCUUUUGACAACGAACAAAUUCUGAUGUGGAGAGGGAAAGAAUGGAAAUCUACAUAUGGAGCACGUGGGAUGCACAUUUCUUCCAAUGUUGCCGCCAUUGCAGCAGAUGCGAAGCCAUCAGUGGCAAGUCCGAAAAUGAUGUCCCUGUGGAGGCGAGCUGUUGAUUCAGGAAAGGCAUCGGUCCUGGACAGUGGCGAUCUGAAUCUCAGCCCUGAUGAGCUUUUAUGGAGAGUAGAGGAAUUCGAAAGCAAGUCUCAGGCACUGGUGCACUCUUAUCCUGCCGUAAUCUAUGGUAAUGGAGAGACUUCUGUGAGAACAAACGAUUCAGAGGAAGAAGAUGGUAAUGAUGGCAACGACCCUUUUGAUCUUGUGGAUUCAUCGGCUCCCCCUCCUCCGGGUUCUCUGCCCAUUGACAUGAUAACUAAGGACCUCCGUGACGAUGGGCUUUAGAUACAUAAUUAAUGUGCAUGUAUAUUAGUUAUAUACUAAUACUGAUUAGUUAAGUAGCCACGUAUUGUGUGGCUCUCUCUGUCUGUAUUGUUCUUUGAUAUUAACAUAAUCAUGCUACUACAUUGGACGCAUGUCCUUUGGUUAAAGAUAGAGGGAAAAUUGUGUCAAGA